GCCGCCGCGGCAUGACGCGCGUCUUCGCCGCCGAGCGGUGAAAAGCGGCACGCUGGCCACAUCUGCGGGAGUCACGUGACAACAGUCUCGAGCGGUCUCGCAGCGGCUCGCGAGAUUUCGCGCGCUUUUUCGUCGUCUGUUCUGAGCUCUCCGACUUUACGGUGCAAUCGUGCGAACAAUGGCCGGCGACGACGAUCUCCUCGCAACGCUCAACGUUACCAUGAUGGCGUGUCUGCUGUUGCUUCAGCGUCGCCGCUCUCGAAAUGCGCCGCGAAGAUAUUGGGUGCAUCCGCUUUGGAGGUACAGAGAUACUGAAGGACAGGCCCACACACUGCUUCCCCGUCUGCGAGCAAGGGAUGAAGUCUAUUUCCGAGAUUUCCUCCGAAUGCCACCAAGGACUUUUGACACAUUGCUCAGUCUCGUUGGACCACUUAUCGAGAGAAGAGUGACGCCGUUUCGGCUGCCAAUUUCUGCACAUGAAAGGCUGGCGAUGACCCUGAGAUUUCUUGCUAAUGGAGACACCUUCCGAAGUCUGUCAUUCAACUUUCUGACAGGACGAUCCACGGCAGGUGAAAUAGUAAGGGAAACAACGGCCGUGCUGUGGCAUGUUCUCCAACCACUGUACAUGAAGUUUCCUCAGACAACUGGGGAGUGGAAAAGGAUUGCUGCAGAUAUGGAGGAAUUUUGGAAUUUUCCUAAUUGUUUGGGAAGCAUAGAUGGAAAACAUGUCAUCAUUGAAUGCCCAAGGAAUACCGGUUCAAGGAACUUAAACUACAAGAAAACCUUCAGUGUUGUUUUCCUUGCAGUGUGUGAUGCACAUUACAGAUUUACAUACGUUGACAUGGGCCACUUUGGAGGCGAAGGAGACAGUGGAAUUUUUUUAAGGUCCCGUUUGCUGGAUUGCUUCAACAGAAGACUGUUUGGAGUUCCCCCGCCAUCAAAUGUCGGAAGCAUAGGACUUAUACCCUAUGUAUUAGUAGGGGAUGAAGCCUUUCCCCUGAAGACUUUCAUGAUGCGACCCUACCCCCAGCGAGAACUUCAGAAGCACCGGAGCAAUCCUGCACAGCGUGCAGAGUACCUUCAGAGGGCGACCUUCAAUUACAGGCUGAGCCGCGCACGCCGCCUCAUUGAAAAUGCAUUCGGCAUUAUGUCAAGUCGGUGGCGGAUUCUCCGCAGAGCCUUUAGGGCCUCAGAGACCACCACCGAAAACAUCAUCCGGGCAUGUGUCGUGCUGCACAAUUUCAUGCUCCAGGAGUCGCCACAUGCAAGGCUGACAUAUAAUCCACCUGGCUAUGUGGACCAUGAGGACUGGCAGGGCAGCUGCAUGGAAGGAGCUUGGAGGGACGGCGACGAUGACCCCUCUAUAUUUAGGGAGCCCACUGCGUCUGGCUGUCACUCCGCUAGGUAA